AGUACAUCGAUCGAUCGUUCGUGACGCCGACAGGUUUUUCGUAGUAGCGCAGAAAAAGCAAAAGGACCGAGUUCGUCCUUUCGUAAAGAGUGCUGUGUGGACUUAUUUAAACCAAAAAACAAACAGCUCGUGAAAGGUUUUUUCGAUUUGUGUCGUUGAGUUGAGAUCAAAGUUGGACGUUCCACGAUUUCGUGAAGUGCUACGAGUCGAAAGAAUGGUGAACAUGGAAGGUUCCGGCGAGCAGCACACGGUCACAGCCUCGCCGCCGCCGCCGCGCACCACUCUCAAGAGCAACUUCAGCAUCCGUAGCAUCCUACCGGAAGCUUGCGCCGUUACGCCAGCGCCGGCGGACAGUCGAUCGGCGUCGCCGGACAUCAGCCACGUAGACGACAGCGAGGACUCGAGCGACCUGGACGUGACCGGUGACGGCGGCACCGAGACGCCGCCGUUGGACUGUUCCACGAACGCCUCCGCCGUCAUCACCAGCGAGCACAAAGACUCGAAAGAGCGACAGGACGAGAAGAAGAAGUCGGAGAAGCCCCCCUAUAGCUACAACGCUCUGAUCAUGAUGGCCAUCCGUCAGAGCCCGGAGAAGCGUCUCACCCUGAACGGCAUCUACGAGUACAUAAUGCGCCACUUUCCGUAUUACGAGAACAACAAGCAGGGCUGGCAGAACUCCAUCAGGCACAAUCUCUCGCUGAACAAGUGCUUCGUUAAAGUGCCGCGCCAUUACGACGACCCUGGCAAGGGAAACUACUGGAUGCUCGACCCCAGCUCCGAGGACGUGUUCAUCGGCGGCACCACGGGCAAGCUACGCAGGAGGACCACCGCCGCGUCCAGGUCGCGUCUCGCCGCCUUCAAGAGGAGCGUCGUCCUCGGCGGCUUGUACCCCACGGCGUACGCGCCCCCAGGAUGGCCCACGUCGCUCUACACGCUCCCGUACUUGCAUCGAGCCGCUGGAUAUACGACGGCCACCGGCGCCUACUCCACCCCCGCGGGCUACCCGGCCAGCUUGCUACCCGGCGCCGCGACCAGCACGGCCAGCAGCCUGCCCUGCAAGCCCCAGCCUCUCCCAGCGACGGCCGCCCCACCUGCACACGGACCCUUCUCGAUGGAGAGGUUGCUCCAGCCUCCGACCGCCGCCGGCUACCCGACCAGCAUCACCGCCUCCGGGAUCCCCGUAUCCGGCAGCCCCUACGACUUCUACUCCACCCUGAGGUCUUUGGCGGCGCACCAGCAACACCAAACCAACGCCACCGUGUUCGGGCACAAUCAGCAACCGGCCAGGUACCACGUGAGUCAGGCCCCGCUGUUGGGUCAGCUGACGUCGGGCACCGCGUCGCCGGGCAGCAGUCCCGAACCGAUGUCGCCUCACUCGCCCCCGGUAUCGAUCUGCAAUUCCGCGGUGGUACAGCAGCCGAGAUCUCUGGGCCAUAGUCAGCCGCAGCUGCUUCUCAAACCGAUCACCGUGCUCACCGGCAGACAGAGCUGAACGAUCCCGUCGUUCCCGUAGAUCCGCUUUCACACGAAUCCGCGAGGAAACUUUCUCGU